AUGACUAUCUCCUACAUUCCAGAAAAGCCGGCUGUCUUCGACGUGGAAGAUGUCUUGGAGAAAUUGACUGUUCAAGAAAAGAUUGACCUACUUGCUGGUAUCGACUUCUGGCACACCAAGAGUGUUCCCCGUCUUCAAGCUCCUUCCAUCAGACUAUCCGAUGGCCCAAAUGGAGUCCGGGGUACGAGAUUCUUCAAUGGUGUGCCGGCAGCUUGUUUCCCCUGCGGCACUGGUCUCGCAGCAACUUGGGAUGCUAGUCUGCUCCAAGAAGCCGGAAGGCUCAUGAGUCUCGAAGCGAGAGCCAAGGGGGCGCACAUCCUCCUAGGGCCCACGGUCAAUAUGCAAAGAAGUCCCCUGGGAGGCCGAGGAUUUGAAUCGUUCUCGGAAGAUCCAGUUCUUGCAGGUCAAAGUGCCGCUGCGGUUGUUACCGGCAUUCAGAGUACAGGAGUUCAGGCUGCUAUCAAGCACUUUGUGGGAAAUGACCAAGAGCACGAGCGAAUGGCUGUUGAUUCUCGUAUCACGGACCGGGCUCUUCGGGAAAUCUACCUGCUACCCUUCCAGAUUGCUGUCCGAGAUGCAAAUCCUGCGUCAUUCAUGACCGCUUAUAACAAAGUUAAUGGGCUCCAUGUGAGUGAAGACGCCGGAAUGCUCCAGAGCAUUUUGCGUGACGAAUGGAAAUGGCAAGGCCUGAUCAUGAGCGAUUGGUACGGAACAUACUCCACCAUCGAAGCUAUCGAGGCUGGUCUUGACUUGGAGAUGCCUGGACCCACGCGCUGGCGCGGCCAGUUGGUGAAGCACGCACUGGCAUCCAGAAGACUCCUCCCCGAGGCUGUAGAUGAACGCGUCCGCGCAGUCCUCAAAGCCGUUCGCCGUGCGGCAUUGACAGGAAUCCCUGAAGGUGCAGAGGAAAAAGGUCGAGAUCUUCCAGAGACCUCAGCUCUCCUCCGAAAGAUUGCGGGAGACUCAAUCGUACUACUAAAGAACGAGAACGCUACCCUGCCUUUCAACAAAGAAAAGACUGUUCUCGUAAUCGGACCAAACGUCAAAGCAGCGGUCUACUGUGGUGGAGGAUCAGCUACUUUGAGGCCCUAUUACGCAGUCACGCCAUUCGAUGCUGUUUUCGAGCAAGCAAGUGAUGUUAUUUACUCAGUCGGGUGCUACGCCCACAAGAUGCUACCGAUUCUCGGCCCUCGGUUGAAAACCGCAAAUGGCCAGGUCGGAGUUACCUUCAGGGCUUACACCGCACCGGAAACCGAUACUCACCGUCAACCGGUCGACACGCUGCAUCUCGUUGACACGAACAUGUACUUUGCCGACUACUAUCAUCCUGAGAUAACGGAAGAUCUGUGGUGGGGAGAGAUCGAGGCCUCGUUCACUGCCGAAGAGACGGGCGAUUUCGAGUUCGGUUUGACUGUCCACGGAACUGCCAAUCUUUACAUUGACGGGGAGCUCGUGAUCGAUAACGAAACCACUCAAAGAGGCGGCGGAAGCUUCUUCAAUGUCGGAACCGUGGAAGAAACCGGGAUCAAGGCGCUGGUAAGCGGACAGACAUACAAUGUCACGGUGAAAUUCGCCAGCGGCGCGGCAUCCAAGGUAAAGGACGCUGACGGCGUGGUUUCAUUUGGCGGUGGCGGUGUUGAAGUUCGUGACGCGGAUCAGGAGAUUCGCCGCGCAGCAGAGCUGGCAAAGUCGGUGGACCAAGUCGUCGUAUGCGUCGGGCUCAAUGCGGACUUUGAGCAAGAGGGCCAUGACCGCCCUCACAUGGACUUGCCUGGAAGAACAGAUGACUUGGUUUCUGCUAUUGCUGCUGCCAAUCCAUCCACUACCGUUGUAGUUCAGUCUGGGACGCCUGUGACAAUGCCUUGGGCUGGUUCUGUAUCGGCAAUUAUCCAAGCAUGGUACGGUGGAAACGAGACGGGCAAUUCCAUCGCAGAUGUCUUAUUUGGAAACGUCAACCCAUCGGGCAAGCUGCCCUUGUCGUUCCCAGCCAGGGUUGAGGACAACCCGGCUUUCGUCAACUACCGGUCGGACCAGGGGCGAGUGCUUUACGGCGAAGACGUCUUUUUUGGGUACCGCUACUACGAAGCAGUCAAGAGACCUGUUCUCUACCCCUUUGGGUGGGGGCUCUCCAGGUUUCUCACGGAGUCACCGAGGUUGUGCACGUCUACGUCGCGCCUCAAUACCCCUCAAUUACACGCCCUGGAAAGGAGCUCAAGGGGUUCUCAAAAGGCGGGACAGUCCGCUGAGGUAGAAAUUGUCUUGAGCAAGAAAUAUGCUCUAAGCCAGUGGGAUGAACCGCGCAAACAGUGGGCGGUGGAGGCCGGAAAAUACGACAUUCUUGUUGGCACCAGCAGCAGUGAGACGCCUCUUACGGCUACAGUGGAGGUUGAGAAGACCAGCUGGUGGUCAGGCGUUUGA